CGCGCUGACCUGCGCCCGCGGGCCCCCGGCCCCGAGAACAUGACCACGGCGCAGAACGGCCACGGGCGCGGAGCUGCGGUCCCUGGUUCCAUCUCUGAUCCCAAGGACUCCGGCAUGGGGACCUACCCGGCGUGCCGCAACGGCGGCUGCAGCGGCGGCAGCGCAGGCGCUCGGGAGGCGCGGCUCAGCCCGGCCCGCAUCCUGCGUCUCUUCUCUGCCGGCCCGGGCAGGACGCGCGCCGACCGCGAGCGGCCCCGGCCCGCCGGCCUCGUGGGCAGCUCGUCCACGUGGAACGCCCUGGCUUCCUUCAGGAAAAUGGGCUCUUUCAAAAAACUGAAGUCCUCAGUCCUCCAGGGGAUUCAGAACCGGGAGGGGUGGGAUAUGGUGAAGGAGGGAACCUUGGACCGCGAUCUGGGCAAGUCCGUCCCCAACGGCGCGGCGGCGGGGGCCCCUGCGGGCAAGUGUGCCCCUGGGCCCGGCUUCGCCUCCGACGGCUCGGACCCCGAGGAUCCGGACGACGGCUUCGCGCGUAGUGCCCUCCGGUCGCGGAGCCUCCGGCGUGCCUACGGCCUGGGGCGCAUCCGCCUCCUCGACCCGGAGCCCCCCGGGCCGGUGGCGUGCGAUGCACCGGAGCCCCCAGCACGCGAGCCCGAGCGGAAUGGUGUCUGCCGGCGCAGCAAGAGCACCGACAGCUUGACCUUCCUCGGGAAGAGCUCCUUCCGAAGGAAGUCUGCCUCGCACUUGGCCGAGCUGCGGGGCGCGCGAGAGGGCCGGGUGCCCCGCAGGACGCUGAGCGGCUCGUCCGCCGACUCUGACGGCUCGGGCGGGGGCCCCACGAGGCCCAGGCGCUGGAGGAGCCCGCUGCGGGUGCCGGACCUGGCUCGCGUGCUCCGGCUCGCUGGGGGUGGCACGGCCGGCCGGACUGGGGACCCCGGCAGCACAGCGCCCGGGCCGCGACCGCUCAGCCGGCUGCACGAUGACUACUCCCGCCGCGCGGCUGCCGGCCCCGAGGGGUGCGGACGGGGGCGUGUGGAGCCCCGAGACCCGGGCCUGGUGGGUGCAGGCGGACCGCCCAGGGCAGCGGUCCCAGGAGGUGCCGCUCCUCGCGCCCAGGGCUCUCCGUCCAGCCCACCGGCCCGGGGGAUGUCGGACAGAGACUCCGAUGAACCGGGACCUGGCGACCGGUUUCCCUCCGAGCCUGAGCAUCCUCUCGGGCCUCUGAGGCCCACCACGCCCAAGCCCCCCAGCCCUCGGAGCCCCGAUGCAGCAAGUGCCAAGUGUCCCAGCAGUGUAAGCGCGCUGUCCCUGAGCUCAGCAGACAGCGAGGAAAGGGCCGAGGGGCCCGCCCAGAGGGAGCAAGGUCUCGGGUCCUCCCAGGAGGCCGUGCCAGCCGCCUGUGACCAGGGCAGGGAGGACAGCGGCUCCAGGAGCCACGCUCAGCCCAGCCUUGGAGGGGCGUCUGGUCCAGAAGACAAGACAGAAGAGGUUGUGACCGAGGGGUCCUGGAGGCAGGCUCCCCCACUGGAGGAAGAGAGGACGGAGGCUCAGAGGAUCCCCAGGAAGAGACUGGGGUCUGGGAGGAGGUCGAGGCCCCGACCACUCUCUGACUAUGGCCAGCUGGUCGCCCGAAGUCUGUCUAUCCCAGAAGACUCGAUCGCCGUGGACCCCCAGAAAGAGGACGCUGUGGACAGUGACCACCAGCCCAGCAUGGCCCCGACAGACCCUGCAGACCAGACUCCUGCUGGGGGCUGUCUCCAGGGGGGCCCAAGAAGACGCCCCAUCUCCGUGAUCGGUGGGGUCGGCUUCUAUGGGAGCAGCCAGACGGAGGAGGGGGAAGCCCUCCUGCCCCAACCCGCCGCCCGGCCGCCCGUGCCCGCACACCAGGUGCCGCCCUACAGAGCGGUGUCAGCCCGGCUGCGGCCCUGCGCCUUCUCCCAGAGCACCCCCAUCGGACUGGACCGCGUGGGACGCCGGCGGCACCUGAGAGCGUCCAACGUUUCUUCCGAUGGAGGUGCGGAGCCGUCUGCCCUAGUGGACGACAACGGCAGCGAGGAGGACUUCAGCUACGAGGACCUGUGUCGGGCCAACCCCCGAUACCUGCAGCCGGGUGGGGAGCAGCUGGCCAUCAACGAGCUGAUCGGCGAUGGCAGCGUGGUCUGCGCGGAGGCCCUGUGGGACCACGUGACCAUGGACGAACAGGAGCUGGGCUUCAAGGCGGGGGACGUCAUCCAGGUCCUGGAGGCUUCGCACAAGGACUGGUGGUGGGGCCGCAGCGCAGACAGGGAGGCAUGGUUCCCGGCCAGCUUCGUACGGCUGCGUGUCAACCAGGAGGAGCUGUCGGAGGGCUCCAGCGGCAGCCCCGGCGAAGAGCAGGAGGAGGACGCGGGUAGGGCCCGCCACAAGCACCCCGAGAGCAAGCAGCAGAUGCGGGCCAACGUGGUCCAGGAGAUCAUGGACACUGAGCGCGUGUACAUCAAGCACCUCCGGGACAUCUGCGAGGGCUACAUUAGACAGUGUCGCAAGCACACGGCAAUGUUCUCGGUUGCACAACUGGCCACCAUUUUCGGAAACAUUGAAGACAUUUACAGAUUCCAAAGAAAGUUCUUGAAAGACCUUGAGAAGCAGUACAAUAAAGAGGAACCUCACCUGAGUGAAAUAGGGUCCUGCUUCCUUCAGCACCAAGAGGGCUUCGCCAUCUACUCGGAGUAUUGCAACAACCACCCGGGCGCCUGCGCGGAGCUGGCAGGCCUGAUGCUGCAGCGCCGCUACCGGCACUUCUUCGAGGCCUGCCGGUUGCUCCAGCAGAUGAUCGACAUCGCGCUGGACGGCUUCCUGCUGACGCCCGUGCAGAAGAUCUGCAAGUACCCGCUGCAGCUGGCCGAGCUGCUCAAGUACACCGCGCCGGAGCACAGUGAUUAUGAAAAUAUAAAGGCGGCAUACGAGGCCAUGAAGAAUGUUGCCUGCCUGAUCAAUGAGCGGAAACGCAAGCUGGAAAGCAUAGACAAGAUCGCGCGGUGGCAGGUGUCCAUCGUGGGCUGGGAGGGCCAGGACCUCCUGGAGCGCAGCUCGGAGCUGAUCCACUCCGGGGAGCUGACCAGCGUCACGCGGCAGGGCAGGAGCCAGCAGCGCACCUUCUUCCUGUUCGACCACCAGCUGGUGUUCUGCAAGAAGGACCUGCUGCGCAGGGACGUGCUCUACUACCGCGGCCGCACUGACACAGACGCCGUCGAGCUGGUGGACCUGGAAGACGGCCGCGACGGUGCCCGCGGGCCGGGCCUCAGGAACGCCUUCAGGCUGGCCAGCCGCACGGGCGACGAGGUGCACCUGUUCUGCGCCAGGAAGCCCGAGGACAAGGCACGGUGGCUGCAGGCCUUCAGGGACGAGCGCCAGCGGGUGCAGGAGGACCGGGCGCUGGGAAUGGAAAUUUCAGAAAAUCAGAAGAAACUCGCCAUGUUAAAUGCUCAAAAGGCAGAACACGGAAAGUCAAAAGGCUACGGCGGCUGCCCCACGGCCCCCCCGCUCCAGAGCCUGCGGCCGGUUCACCAGCGCCACGUCACUGUGCCCAGCAGCCUGCCACAGCAGCAGGUGUUCGCCCUGGCCGAGCCCAAGAGGAAGCCGUCGCUCUUCUGGCACACCUUCAACAAGCUCGCCCCCUUCAGGAAGUGAUGGGGCCGGGGCCCAGGGACCCGGUGCUGAGAGGCCUCCCCGGGGCCGCACUCCAGCCGAGGGCAGGACCUGGCCCCGCCUGGGGAAGGAGAGGCCCGGCUGCCCGCUCGGGUUCCGAAGUUACGCUGGGCGGGGCCCCAGGAGCAUCGCUGAUG